UCUCCUGUAGUUUCGGUAGUUUCACGAACUGCAAUUUCGUUGCUGUUGGAACCAUGUUAUUUCCGGAGGAUAAACAUUUUACUGCUUCUCACCUGGGUGAGGAUUUCAAGCGGUUGGAUGUGCCGUAUACGAACCGAUCGGACAAGUUUCAUUUCAAGUCGAAGGACUUCACCAAGCAAUUCUCUCACAUCUAUGCCUCGCGUCUGGAUGAAAUGGAAUCGCUAAUCAAGGAACGGGUCAAGCAGAAAUGGGGUAACAAACAUCCGGUCAAGCAGUUGGCCGAAUUGAAGGAGGACAGCCCCGAACAGUGCAUCAUUAUCGGAACGUUGUUCAAGCAUCAGGAGUUGAAACCUAGCAUCUUGCGGGAGAUUUCCGAGGAGAACCAGUUGGUGCCACAGCCUCCCCGCUCCCACUACACCGAUGAUGCCGAUAUACUGAUUCUGGAAGAUGCCCUGCAGCGCAUCCGUUUGAUGGGCAAAAUUGACGUACAUUCGGUUGUGACCGGGGCAGUUUGCGCCGUACUAGGUUACGAAGACGGAGACGGGCGUUUCCGUGUGGAAGACUACCUCUUCUACGAAAGUGGACCACAGAAGCCAUUGAAAUCGUUGGAAUGCUCCCCUCUGCUAGUAUUAAUUUCCGGAUUAAACCUGAGUUCUCCGAAUGACUUCUCCAUGUCGAUGGAGCUGCUGCAGCAGUGGAUCUUUGGCAAUCUGGAGGGAUUCGGCCAGAGCCGGGACUGGGAAGCGGCUAGCGUGGUUCGAGUCGUCAUAGCUGGCAAUUCGGUAAAGGCCUCGGUCAAACCGAAGAACAAUCUCCACGGUCGUCCCACCGUCGAAUCCACCGAUCUACUGAAUGCCGUCAAAGCGGUCGAUACCUUCGUUCAUAAUCUGGCCCAGUCGGUCAGUGUGGAUCUGAUGCCAGGGGAGUUCGAUCCAGCAAAUCACAUGCUGCCGCAGCAACCCAUGCACCAGUGCAUGUUCCCCAAGGCGGUGUCCUUCAAAAACUUCCGGGGAUUGUCCAACCCGUAUGCAUGCGAAAUCUCUGGGCGCUCCAUCUUGGGUACCUCGGGGCAGAAUGUGCAUGACGUUUCAAGAUUCUCGAAAAUUGAAAACCCCUUGGAGGCGCUGAAAAGCACACUGGUGUGGAGUCACAUUGCCCCUACGGCUCCGGAUACUCUGCCCUGCUAUCCGUAUUACCAGAAGGAUCCGUUCGUUAUUAGUGAGUGUCCACAUGUGUACUUUGCUGGUAAUACGGGGGAGUUCAGAACGGAGAUCUGGGAGGGCAGUAAUGGUCAACGAACGAGGUUGGUUUGCGUGCCUUCGUUUGCGGAGACACAUUCCAUUGCGGUGGUGAAUCUUAGGACACUGGACUGUCAGCAGCUCAGUUUCAAGGUGAAUGAAUUCGAUGAUACGGAAGAAUGACUAUUGCAGGAGUGAGGUAGAAAAUAGUAUUUAUAUGCGUUAAAUAAACUGAUUUUUUUUUCGGAG